AACUUGCUCAGCAUUUCACCUUUCACCCGACACCUCGGCGUCGACCGACCGCGGCGGUGUGCCGUGCGGAGGCGUCCGAAACUGAAGCGUCCUCUGCAUCCAUCCUUGUCGCGCUCACUUGCGAAGAGUCACGUCGACAAGGACGGAACGGGGAGGGAGGAGGUUCGGACCCAGCCGACGUGGUCGCGAGUCGAGUCCCUGCUCCGGUCCCGCUUCUCGAAACCGCGCAUUUUCCCGUGUUUUGUUUGAUCAGCUGGCAUCACUCUCUUGCGGGUUGAAAGGCGAAAUCCUAGUUCUCGAACAGAACAGCUCUAUCGUCGAGUACUGACUGACUUACUAUUUGAAGCAGGUUAUCCCUUUCCUAUACAAUGCCACACACUAAUGGUCGCAUGGGGGGACAUGGAGACGUUGAAAUGCAGGAGCAUGAUACUUUUCUUUUCUCUUCGGAAUCAGUCGGAGAGGGUCAUCCUGACAAAAUGUGUGAUCAGAUAAGUGAUGCCAUCUUGGAUGCGCACUUAAAGCAAGAUCCAAAUGCCAAAGUGGCAUGUGAAUGUGUUGUGAAAACAGGAAUGGUACUGCUCUGUGGAGAAAUAAAUUCGUCAGCUGUUGUUGAUUACCAAAAAGUUGUCCGUGAUACCAUCCAGCACAUUGGCUACGAUGAUUCUUCAAAGGGCUUUGAUUACAAGACUUGUAGUGUGAUGCUUGCCCUACACCAGCAGUCUGAACAGAUAGCAGCUGGUGUUCAUUUGAAUCGCCGUGAAGAAGAUAUUGGAGCAGGAGACCAGGGUCUUAUGUUUGGAUAUGCGACAGAUGAGACUGAAGAGUGCAUGCCAUUAACUAUCACUCUGGCCCACAAAUUAAAUCAGCGUAUUUCUGACUUAAGGAGAAAUGGGGACUUCUGGUGGGCCAGACCUGAUUCUAAAACUCAGGUCACUUGUGAAUAUUUCUUUGAAGAUGGUGCUUGUGUCCCCAAGAGAGUCCACACUGUAGUGGUUUCUGUUCAACACUCUGAUAAAAUUGAGCUUGAAACUUUGCGAGCUGAAAUAAUGGAAAAAGUUGUCAGGGCUGUCAUUCCUGAAAAAUAUCUUGAUGUUGAAACUAUCUACCAUGUCAACCCUUGUGGUCUGUUCGUUUCUGGUGGACCUGAGAGUGAUGCAGGUUUGACUGGGCGAAAAAUUAUUGUUGACACCUAUGGUGGUUGGGGCGCUCAUGGAGGGGGUGCCUUUUCUGGAAAGGAUUUCACCAAGGUUGAUCGUUCUGCUGCCUAUGCUGCAAGAUGGGUGGCCAAGUCACUUGUGCGGGCUGGUCUUUGCAGGCGCUGCUUAGUGCAGGUUUCAUAUGCAAUUGGUGUGGCAGAGCCCCUUUCUAUCACUAUUUUUGACUAUGGUACCAGCCACAAGUCUACAAGAGAGCUCCUUGACAUUGUGAAAAAGAAUUUUGAUCUUCGACCAGGCAAGAUUGUUCAAGACUUGGACUUACGUCAACCAAUUUAUCAGCAAACAUCCACUUAUGGACACUUUGGUCGUGAAAUUUUCCCAUGGGAGAAACCAAAAGUCCUUAAUGCAUGAGCAUUAUCUUAAUUUCUUGUGAUUUUCUCACUUUCCGUUUCCCCUAAUGAACUUUGUGUUUUGUAUUUUUUUCUCCUUCUCCAUUUGGUUUUUUACAUCUCUAUUUGAUGAGAUUCAAUGAAAUAAUUAAAUCAAAUGUGCUGUGUCUUGUUAUAUUUCUACUACUGGAUAUGAAUGAUAUUUUUCCACUAUCCAGCUCUUAGCAAUGAAAUUUGUUUUUUCCUGUAGGUGAUUAAAUUUCUUCUGGAUGUGAAUGAUUUUCCAGCUCUUAGUAAUGAAAUUACUUUUCCCUGUAAAUGAAUUUUAAGUGUUGUUUUUUUUUGCAUUUUUUGUGCAUGUAUUGUUUUUAGGGUAUUUCUGCAUUGUAAGAUUUUAAAAGACAUGAUUUGGUAGUAUGGUCCUUUACCAAGACUGUUUCUCUUAAUUCAUUUUACUGCAUAUUUUUAAGAGAGAGAAUCUCAUGCAGGUGGAAUUGGCGGAAUCCCACUGAUUGCGGGAUUAAAAUGAAUGUACUGUAGUGUGUGUCAGAGAGAUUUUGUCCACCUUGGGUUUUGUUUUUCCGUUUAUUGUAUUAGACUAGUAUUAGAGCCCUUUUUUGCAUUCCUAGAAUUGUUAGUCAAACAAAUAAAGCAUUAUUUAAAAUCUAA